AUGAACGACACGAUAUGGCUUGAUCGAAUCUUUUCCAACACCUCGCUGGGUCAUCGAAUUCUUGAAAGGUUAACCUUGACAAAUCUGCGUCACGCAUUCUAUCUCAUCUCACCGUAUGAAACAACUGUCGAAAACUGGGAGGACGUGCCCAACUAUAACGCCGAGACAUCCGCGUGGUGGUUCGUCUUCUUGAUCACCGAGUUUUUCGUGCUCUUCAUUUCCGCCCACGACGAUCGAUUCGCGUUGAACGACACAAUCACCUCAGUGUGUGCCGGAAUUUUGAGCCAGUGCUUCAAAUUCGGCGGUCGCGCCGUCGCCAUAUUCCACUACGUGCUCAUCUGGACCAACUUCCGCCUUCUGGAGCUGCCGUGGGAUUCUCCGUGGACAUGGAUAUGCUGUCUGUUCUUCCAGGACUUCAUGUACUAUUUGGGGCAUCGAGCGGUUCAUGAAGCCGGCUUCUUCUGGGGCCUUCACACCAUUCACCAUAGCUCGGAAUACUACAAUUUCUCGACGGCACUUCGACAGGCGGCGAUUCAGGACGCCGGUCUCGCGAUUUACGAUUGCCUUCAGGCGUUCUUCAUUCCGCCUUCAAUAUUUCUGGUGCAUAGAUACUUUUCGGAAAUCUUCCAAUUCAUCAUGCACACUUCGCUCAUCGACACCAUGGGACCAUUGGGUUUGGUGUUCAACACGCCAUCGCACCAUCGAGUGCACCACGGCCGAAAUCCCUAUUGCAUCGACAAAAAUUACGGCGGCGUGUUCAUCAUAUGGGACAAAAUGUUUGGGACGUUCGAGGCCGAACGCCAAGAGGACCCGCCAAUCUAUGGAUUGGUGUCGAACGAGAACACCUUCAAUCAAUUAUGGCUUCAAUUUCACACCCUAUUCGAAAUGCUCAUCUUUAAAGGAAUGAGGAAGGACCCAAAAGGGCAGCCAGUGUUUCCUGGCGUCAUCAACAAGGUGAAGGCGGCGCUGUGGCCGCCUGGCUGGGAGCCCGGCGUGCCAGUGGUCCCAUUCUUCCACUGGAUGAGUAUGGAGAAUCCGGCGCACAAUGUGCCCGAGCCGACGAAGCCGGUGAUCAAGUACAACCCGCCGAUUCGUUUGAUCUACAAAAUCUACAUUGCCAUUUAUUUUGUGCUCUUCCUCUCAAUCUUCUUCCAUUUUGAGUAUGACCGCAUCAAUUUGUCAUAUGCGGAUUGCGCUCUGAAGAUCGCCUUCUUCAUCGUCACCAUGCAAUGCUUCUCUGCGUUCUUCGAUAAUCGAUGGUACGCGAGGCACAUCGAAAUCGUGCGUUGCCUCGGCGUUCUCAUCUACUACGCAGCGCUGAUGUUUGAUCACAUCGGUGCCGGCACUCAUCGCCUCUUCGUCGUCGCCAUUCACAUCAUCGCCAUCGUCCUAUGGACAAUCGAUAUCAUACACGAGAAAAUUGCUGAAUGCUGCCAUCCUCGCAAAAUUGGCGACGUCGAGCGCAACACCGAUGAAACGAUCUCAAAAUAG